AUGAGCCGACCUUUCGACAUCUCGCCCGAGAAGGAGGCCAGCACCAGCCAGUACCUCUACCGCCAGCUGUUUGUGACGCCCGCGGUCUUGUCCAAGAAGGAAUUCAAUCUCACUGGAAAAACGGCCAUUGUAACUGGCUCCAACAUUGGUCUUGACCUUGAGUGUGCGCGUCAGCUUUUGGAUCUCGGAUUAAGCAAGUUGAUUCUGGCUGUACGUGAUGAAUCGAAGGGUGAAACAGCACGUAAGGAACUCUCUAUAUGCAGGAGUCUUGCCCCGGGCGCAAUUGAGGUCUGGAAAGUAGACCUCUCCUCUUAUAACUCUAUUAUUAAGUUUGCAGAGCGCGCCCACAGCCUUGAAUACCUUGACAUUGCUGUGUUGAAUGCGGGUGUAUACAAGGUGAACCUUACCUUCAACCCUGCAACUGGCUUUGAAGAAGAUGUCCGGAUUAUAAUUGUCUCCUCUGACACCGCAGCCUGGGCCAAGUUCAAUGAGAGGAUAGUAAAUCCUCUCCUCCCCGCCUUCAAGGCUAUCCCAAGUAAAUGGGACAUGCAGGAGCGCUAUUCCACCUCAAAAUUACUGGGCCAGCUGCUUUUUCGUGAUGGUGCUGGUACCCUCUUGGGACUUGUUAUUGGUAUUAUUACACGCAUCAUUGGUCGGCCGUGCAAUGUGGGAGCUCGCCCUCUCACUGCCGCCGCUGUGAAAUUUGGAGACGAGGUGCAUGGGCAAUAUGUCGAAGACAACAAGAUUCGCCCAAUGGCACCUAUUAUUUACAAGCCUGAAGGCCAACGCAUAGCCAAGAAGCUGUGGCAGGAGUUGUUGGAUGAGCUUUCCUUUGCAGGCGUUCGUGAUGUUCUUAAGGGGCUUAAGAAGUAG